AUGACAGCCGAAUGUAAGGUCACCGAUGCGAGAAUUGAGUCCAUUAUUCCGAUCACUUGUUUGCGUGGACAAGAUCUGAAUAAUAUUUUUAUUGAUUGCUCGAUACCUAUUAUUUUUGUUUCUAACGUUGACAACCUUUCCAUCACGCCUCGCCGUGGUGGCGACGAUAUUGCUCCCGUCGCUGUUGAUGAAUGCGAUGGUGAAUCUAACUGCUCGGGCACAUCAUGUCCCACUACCUGA